AUGACCUCGGAAGACGUCGAAAAUACAAAUCUGGCCAUGAUUGUUUUCAAAAUUCAGCUGGGGAGCAAUGCUUGAAAACCCCAAAGUUCCAAGCAGUUUUGACUUAGCUCUAGAAAAUUAAUAAAUUGAGGGAAUAUAAGGAAAAGAAGAAUUGAGGUUAUUUGUGGAUUGAAAUAUAAAUGGCAAUAUGGGCCCACACAAUUGAUAGCAAUUUUUUUUAUAUUUUUAAGUACUUUAUUAAGCAUGUGAUAUUAUUCCUUACUAUUGUAA